GGCUGCUGAGGUCCGUCCCCCCCGCCGCUGAAGGUGAAGCUGUUCGCUGUUGUAGGAGUCACGCUCCUUCUUCCCUGCCAAAAUGUCAACCGGUGGACUUCUCACCCUUCAGACCGGGGUCUGCAGACGCCUGGCUCACAAAUACAUCUCAAGAACCUACACAUCUCGCCCCUCCCUCAAUGAGGUCGUCAUCGUCAGCGCGGUCCGCACACCGAUGGGCUCCUUCAAAGGCAGCCUGGCCACGGUACCCGCCACCAAACUGGGCUCCAUCGCCAUCAAAGGGGCCGUAGACAAAGCAGGAAUCGCCCCUGAGGAGGUGAAGGAGGUCUACAUGGGCAACGUGCUGCAGGCCGGAGAGGGACAAGCCCCCACGAGACAGGCUCUGCUGGGAGCCGGUCUGACUCUCGGCACUCCAGCAACGACCAUCAACAAAGUGUGUGCGUCUGGGAUGAAGUCCAUCAUGAUGGCGGCUCAGAGUCUCAUGUGUGGACACCAGGAUGUGAUGGUGGCAGGAGGCAUGGAGAGCAUGUCCAAUGUCCCGUACGUCAUGGCCAGAGAGACCCCGACCUACGGAGGAGUGAGGAUGGAGGACCUCAUCGUGAAGGACGGACUCACGGACGUCUACAACAAGUUCCACAUGGGAAACUGUGCGGAGAACACGGCAAAGACCAGCAGCAUCACCCGGGAGGAGCAGGACGCCUACGCCAUCGGCUCCUACAGCCGCAGCAAGGCGGCGUUCGAGUCCGGCGUGCUGGCCAGGGAGAUCGUCCCCGUCAGCAUCCCGCAGAGAGGGAAACCGGACCUGGUGGUGUCCGAGGACGAGGAGUGGAGGAGGGUCGACUUCAGCAAGGUUCCCAAACUGAGGGCCGUGUUCCAGAAGGAGAACGGAACGGUGACGGCAGCUAACGCCAGCACGCUGAACGACGGCGCCGCUGCUCUGGUUUUGAUGACCGCCGACGCCGCAAAGAGACUCAACGUCACUCCGCUGGCCAGAGUCGUCUCUUUUGCUGAUGCUGCAGUCGCACCCAUUGAUUUCCCCAUCGCUCCUGCUUUCGCUGUACCAAAGGUUCUGGACGCAGCGGGACUGAAAAAGGAGGACAUCUCCAUGUGGGAGAUCAACGAAGCCUUCAGCGUGGUCGUGCUGGCGAACAUCAAGAUGCUGGACAUCGACCCCAGCAAAGUGAACGUGAACGGCGGGGCGGUGUCGCUGGGACACCCCAUCGGGAUGUCUGGGGCCAGAAUCGUGGGUCACAUGGUUCACAACCUGCAGCCGGGUCAGUACGGCCUGGCGGGCAUCUGCAACGGCGGCGGAGGAGCUUCGUCUAUCGUCCUCCAGAAACUGUAGAAGCUUUGAUACACUGUCAGUCAGUCUGUUAUCGUGAGGGAUGAACGUGUUACUGUUUCAGCUCCAGCGGCCUUAAAUCACACAGCAGAGCGGGAUUCGUCUCACUCGAACUCCAUCAGGACUCCACUAUUAAACACUCCUUUAGUUGAUAUUUAACUGAGUUGAAGUGGGAAAAUAAAUAGUUUUUAUCAAAGUCAAAAUCUUUUGUUGUUGGUCUUUUCAGUGUCUGACAUGAAAUCAAAUCAGACAUGUUCAAUACAGGUGAUGUAUUUAAAACAACAGCCACAGCAGCAGUCCACCUCUUCAGCUCAGGAGGGCUUCUUCUCUGCUGACCCAGCAGAGGGAGCUGUUUUCAACCCGAGUGCCUGACCCUUUGACCUCGAUGCCAGCUCUCACACAUCCAUGAAUGGGACUUUCUUCAACUUCAUUAGAAAGGAUUUUUCUUCCAGUAGUGACAAUAAUUUAC